AUGGUCUCUGCCAAGUCAGUUACUUUGUUCGGCAGCAUGCUGCUGGGCAACGUUAUGGGCGCCGACAACAUGGGUCCGGCGGCCUUCCUCUGGCCCCCAGACCGUGAGUGGUCUGCCGACGCCGACAACACGGCCCCUUGCGGAUCCACCAACGGCCCCGGUGUGCGCACCGAGUUCCCUCUCGUGAACGGCAAGCUUGCCCUCGUCACCCAAGACGUCACCCGUUCCGUCCACCUGAGUGUCUCCUACGAGAACGACCCCAAGUCCGUCUCCGACUUCGAGACCUUCCUCGGCCCCAGCGAGGUCGGCAGCCUCGACCUCGGCCACACCUGCGUGACGGUCCCCAGCGCGCCCGACGGCACGGCCGCCGGCGCCAACGCAACCUACCGCAUGCUCUACGUCUCCAACUUUGAGUCGGACGAGUCCAAGCGCGAGACCUACUACGCCUGCGCGGACGUCACCUUCGUCGAGGUCUUCGCCGCCUCCAUCCCCUGCUUCAACGCCACCGUCAGCGACCCCGACGUCGACGUCGACACCACCGUCAACGUCACCACCACCGACUCGGGCGGCAACACCCCGCACACCGCCGCCGACUUCACCGCUGCCGAUUCCAAGAGCUCUGGUCUCUCCAAGGGCGCUAUCGCUGGUGCUGCUGUCGGCUCCAUUGCUGGUCUGUCUCUGAUUGCCCUUGCUGGAUUCUUCCUCUGGCGCAAGAAGGCUGCCAAGAAGGAGGCUGUCACUGAGCCCAUGCAGCAGCGCUGGGACGCGGAGAAGGCUGUCAGUGACACGUCUUCCGUCAACAGCCGUCCCCAGAACUAA